AUGCUUGGGUUCACGGGAUCAUGUCUAUCCAAGGAGUUUUUCGACUUAGCAAAAUCGAUCGGGGAGGCCCGUUCGAAGCAGGAGGAAGACAGAAUCAUAUGCAAUGAAAUCGUUUUGCUGAAGUCAAGGUUUGCCGAUCCGAGUGCGUCAGUAAAACAGAUAAAGGAAUACCUGAUAAGGGCGAUUUACAUCGAAAUGCUAGGGCAUGACGCGUCCUUCGCAUAUAUCCAUGCAGUUAAGUUGGCACACGAGAAAAACAUUUUGUGCAAGAGGACUGGUUACUUGUCGUGUAAUUUGUUCCUAAAUAAAGAUCAUGAAUUAAUGCUACUGCUAAUUAACACAAUACAGAAGGAUUUAAAAAGCGACAACCAUUUGGAAAUAUGGGCAGCGCUAAAUUGUGUGUGUAAAUUAUUAAACAGCGAAAUGAUUCCGGCGAUAUUCCCAAUUAUAAAAAAUUUAUUAAAUCAUAAAAAUGAAUUGAUAAGAAAGAAAGUUUGUAUGUUAUUACAUAAAAUGUAUUUAAUUGAUCCAUCCUUGAUAAAAGAAAUUGAUCUCUUCUUGAAGAAGCUAUUGUGCGAUGUCGACCCUUCCGUCAUGGGUGCAUCAUUAAAUUUAAUUUUUUGUAUUGCCAAGAAUGAUAUUACUUAUUGUAUAAAGUUAGUACCAUACUUAGUUUCUAUUCUGAAGCAGAUAUGUGAAAAUAAGUUGCCCAAGGAUUAUGAUUACCAUAGGAUUCCGGCACCGUGGAUUCAAAUUAAAAUACUAGCCAUUUUUAGAAUUCUGGGAUACUCAAAUAAGAAAAUAUCAGAACAGAUGUAUGAAGUGCUACAGAAGACGAUGCAGAGAGCUGACUUUGGAAUAAAUGUCGGUUAUGCUAUUAUAUAUGAGUGUGUAAAAACGAUUGCUACUAUAUACCCAUCUCAUCAUUUGCUAGAAUUGGCAUCUCUGUCCAUAUCAAGAUUUAUUUCAUCAGAUAAUCAUAAUCUCAAAUACGUCGGUGUUACGGGACUAGCCCUGAUUGUGAAGAUUAACCCUAUGUAUGCAUCGAAGCACCAGCUAGCUGUGGUAGAUUGUUUGGAAGACAAAGACGAAACGUUAAAAAUGAAAACGUUAGAUUUAUUGUACCAAAUGACUAACCCACUAAAUGUUAAGGUCAUUGUGGAUAAACUUUUAUUUCACGUGGAGAAUUCGCUAGACAUUCAUUUUAAGCAUGACUUGGCAUGCAAAAUAAUUCAGUUAAUUGAAAGGUACACUCCAGACGACAUUUGGUUUUUAAAUACCAUCAACUCUUUGUUUCUAUCCGUGGGUGAAUUACUCGAUGAGAGUUAUUCCUACUCCCUUAUUAAGCUUUUGAAAGACAGCUCCAUGUGUUUGGAUUCGGAUUCCGGUGACGAUUUGGUUCGCAGCGAACUGAAUGAAGAGGUUAAUUGUGGGGAUGACAAUCUCGACAACAGUAAUGUACCUUAUGCAAAAGAAGGAGAGAGAGCAAAUACGACUUAUUUAAACAUUGCAGAGAUGGACAAUAAGGGAGAGAUCAUCAGUGAUCCCUCACCCCCCGAUGAGGAAGAAGGAGUUAGCAGCCAUCCAGGUGGUAAGCCCAUUUCUGGAAAUUAUGACUUAGGGGAAAAAGAUGUAAGUGUGGCACUUGAUGAUAGUGGGAAGGUACACGUGUGGGGGGAGAUAAGGAAGGAUGGAAAUAGUGGGGGAUAUGGAAGAGAUGAUAAUCAUACUGGUGAGAACCACAUUAGUGGAGAAUCCAAUCGAAAAAAGGAUCAAAACGAAUUGAAAGGAAAAAAGAAAAUAAAUGAUGAUGUGUACAAUUUGAGGAAGUAUGCUGUGAAUACUUAUAUAACCAUGCUGGAAAAUAACGAAAAUAUUCCCUUCAUUUUGAUGCAAAUUAUUUGCUGGGUAUUAGGAGAGUAUAGCUACCUGUGCGAUAUAGAAAAUUACACAACUGAAGACAUCAUUGAUUUGCUAUGUGAGUGUCUGGAGAAAACUUUUAACAACCCAGAUAGAGUAAAGUCCUGCAUAAUUACAGCCAUCUUUAAACUGUGUUGUUUCAACAAUGUAACAGACCAUGUGGUUGCGAAGAAGUUAAUUGAGAAAUACAAAAACAGCAAACUCACAGACAUGCAGCAGAGGUGUUAUGAAUAUAGCUCCAUUUUAAAUAACCCGACCUUAAUUAAAAAUGUAUUUUCAAUAUCGAGUAAACAGAAAAUGAUCAUGGAUGAAAAUCUGUCCUUCUUAAAUCCCUUCGUGGAUAAAUAUUUGGCAAGUGGAGGGAAGGCUUACAUAAAGAAGGAGUUAAGGGAAACGGAAACUAACUUCGAAUCAGCCAAGAACAGCAUUCCCGUGCUCAAUUUCACACCAUAUGAAUUACCGAUCAAUAACAGAAUACAUAUUGAUACCUUCCAUACGUCCAACAGCGGCUCCGCGUAUGAAAGGAAUUACAAGUAUGACUCGCCAGAGCACAUUUCGUUAGAGGAUAGAACCUCUAACACGAAAGAGAGGGAAAGAACAUUUAAGCUUAAUGUGGUGGGCCCCAAAAAAUGGACAAAGGAAGCGUGCAAAGUCGGAGGAAAGAAUAAUAAUGAGAGAAAUGCGCAGAAAAAUGCCCAGAAAAAUGGCAAGAAAAAGAAAAAGAAGAAGAAAAAAAAGGACAACCAAGCAACCUAUCAGUUGGAAGGUAGCCAUGAAAAUGCGAAUAGAAAUAAAAUGAGCAAAGAGGAGGGGCAAAAGGGGCUUCAUAAAUUUAGUAACAUGCAGGGAGAAAUUGAACCGGAAGAAGGUGAACAGAACAAUGAUGAACAGAAGAAUGAUGAACUUUUUUAUGAUAGCAAAUAUGGUGGACAGGGGAGAAAAGACGAUGAUGAUGAGGACGAUGAUGGGGAGGAUGACAACGACGAUGAAGAGGAAGACGAUGAUGAAGAUGAUGACGACGAUAGUGAUGAUGAUGAUGAUAAUGAUAAUGAUGAUGACGAUGGAACAGUGGAAAAUGAAGGAGGCAAUGACGAAGCAGCUAGUGACGGAAGAGAGGAUGAAAAAAGAAUGGAUGGCUUGGGAGACUACUACGAUCAGAAUUACGAAAGGUUUGACGAAAGGGAUAUACACAACUUAGGGGAUUACAAGAACGACCGUGAAAACAAUAACAAUAACAGCCCUUUUUACAAACAAGAAAGGGCCCACUCAAAUAACAAUGCAACUGUAACACAUAACGAGCUAACAGAGAAGGAAAAAAUGGCGGCUGCUCUUUUUAAUGGUCUAAUAUCAAACAAUUCUUCAGUUGACUAUUCAAGAAAUAAUUACUCUUCCAGUUUUUCAAGUAAAAAAAAUCACUCAUUAUUAUCCAAUAGGAAUUAUUUUUAUUCCAAGUCUCAUGAAAGCAGGACUGAUGAAAAGGGAAUACACUUUCUUGAGAGAAGAAAUUCAAGGAAAUUCCAAAGAGAAUCUGUUGAAUCGAGCAGUCAACAGAUGGAAAAGAAAAACUCUUCAUCGAAUCCUUUGGAAAACUGUUCAAACAAAUUGGAUGAAAUGAGAAAAUCCAAAUAUGCAUUUGAUAUGCUAGAUUUGAACGAACCUUCUGCUAAAAGGGACUUCAUGGAGGAGGAAGAAGAGGAAAAUAGGAGCUGUAAAGAGGAGGACAAAAAUCUGUGGAACAGCAUCAGCAGUCAAAAGAAGGCCGUUUUUUUAAAUUCGACAACGUUAAGCAUAUUUCAGAUAAUUAAAAAAAUUGAGAACAACCUGAACGCGAACGUGGUGGAAGUCAGUAAAAAGGAAGCCCUAAUGUCCUGCAUUUAUAGCAGCAACAAAGUGUUGGUAAAAAUCAAAAUAGAGGAAAACAAAUUGGUUUUUUUAGUGAAGUCCGCUGAAAUCAGCAUAAUUGACAGCGUCUUCGACAUUCUGAGAAAUUUGUUUCACGUGUGA